AUUUUUUUUUGUCCCUUUUUUUUUCACGUUUUGAUUCACUUGAUUAAUAUAAUGAAUGAAAAAGAAACUAUAGAGAUUGGAAUAAUUGGUGCUGGUGGUAUGGGUCGUUUCUAUGCCCAUACUUUUUCAAAUGCUGGCUGGAAAAAUGUUAAUGUGUGUGAUCUUCCAGAAAAAUAUGAAAGUCUUAAAAAGGAUUUUGAAGGAACAAAUAUUCGUGUUUUACCUGAUGGGUAUCAUAUAUCUAGACGUUGUGAUUGGAUAAUGUAUUCUGUUGAAGCAGAAUAUAUUAAUUCUGUUGUAAAACAAUAUGGUCCUGCUACUAAAAUUGGUGCCAUUGUUGCCGGUCAGACUUCAGUGAAAAAACCUGAAAUUGAAGCAUUUGAAAAAUAUUUACCAAAGGAUGUUCAUAUUAUAUCUUGUCAUUCUAUGCAUGGGCCUGCAGUUGACCCUAAAGGACAGCCCUUGAUUGUCAUUAAUCAUCGUGGAACUAAAGAAAAAUUAGAUUUAGUGGUUAAAAUUUUAUCUUGCUUCAAGUCCAAUAUAGUUCAUCUUAGUGCUGAAGAGCAUGAUCGUAUCACAGCAGAUACUCAAGCUGUUACUCAUGCUGCAUUUUUAUCUAUGGGAAGCGCCUGGAGAGCUAAUAAUCAAUUCCCUUGGUUAUUACCGCAUUUUGUAGGUGGAAUUGAGAAUGUUAAAGUGAAUGUUGCUUUGCGCAUUUAUAGUAAUAAAUGGCAUGUGUACGCAGGUCUAGCCAUUAUGAAUCCUAUAGCUAAAGUUCAAAUUACACAAUAUGCACUUAGUGUUGCUGACUUGUUUAAAUUGAUGAUUCAGGAAAAGGAAGAAGAAUUUAGAGCAAGAGUUAAAAAAGCUGGAGACUUUGUCUUUGGAGGCCUUCAAAAGGACCAUGUCCCUAUCUUAUUAGACGAUCAAAUAUUAGAUGAAUUUUCUCUUUCCAAGAUUCCCAAAGAAAGGAGAACACCUAAUUCGCACUUAUCACUAUUAGCUAUGGUAGAUUGUUGGCAUAAACUAGGACUAAAUCCUUAUGAGCAUAUGGUUUGCCAGACGCCGAUUUUCAGAUUAUGGAUGGGAAUUACAGAAUAUUUAUUCCGUAAUCCAGCCAUGUUAGAUGAUGCUAUUCAAGCCGCUUUAUAUCGUAAAGACAUUAGACCGGAUGAUAUGGAAUUUGUUACUUGUGCAAGAGGCUGGGCAGAAUCUGUUUCAUUAGGCAGUAUGGAAGGAUAUCAAAAACGGUUUGAAGAAACACAAAACUAUUUUAAAGAUCAAUUUGCAGAAAGUACAGUCAUUGGUAACAAAAUGAUUUCCAUGAUUUCUAAAAAUAUUACUAUACAAAAAAAUUAAUACUGUUAAUAACACACGAUAUAUGGUACUUGGUCUUAUACUAAAUAAAUUGAAGAAAGUUGAUCGACUUUUAAUUAUAAGCAGUUUUGUUUAUGUGCAGACAUGUUCUUUUUAUUAUUAAAUAAAACAUAACAUAAUGAAAGUUAAUAGUGA